AUUCAACUCACCGCAGAAUCAACCCUGGUCCAUCUUCUUUGCCUUCAAAAACUUGAAAGCACAUCCUGCCUAACAUGAAGCUACCGUCGCUCAUCAAGAUCGCAACCCUUGCAGGCCUCGCCUGCAACUCCCUCUCCGUUAGCGCGCUGAAGGUUGGAGAAAUUGUGGUGUUUAAGGGUUAUCAGUGCGACUCCAAUGGUCUAGUCCUUCAGCUUGAUCAGAGUGCUAAUAACCACGUAUCCACCAUCUCUCAAUCGGGCGGAGCUGUCUUGAGAUGGCUGAAUCCCGGCUGUAAAGUAUAUUUGUGCUUUGCCGGUUAUGGGUGCGGGGAUGGUGCAUCUGUGGUACAGGAGUUGAAGCCUAAUACAUGUUUGUUGUCGAAGGCGGGGGAUGCCUGGAGAGUGUGGGAUAAGUUGCUUUUUAUUUGCGACUAGGCUGGGGGAGUAAUGCAAUUCAUUCCAUGUA